CCAGUAGAUAUUACUCCACCUGCUGUUCUGCUGACCGUCAUACAGCAAGAAGGAGAAACAAGGAAUGGUCCAAUGUCAACUAACCUAGACGCCCAGUCAGAUGAACUGCUUGCUCUUGCAAGCAUAUAUGAUGAAGAAUUGUUUCGCAGGACAAAAUCAAGUCAGAAGGGCGAGAUCCAUCUGUGCCUUGAGCUUCCUUCUGACUUCAGACUGCUAGUAAGAGGGAAGACAUGCGUAGAGGUUGAUGUUUCCUUUUUGCCGUCCACGAUUUUGAGUUUUGAACUACCCACAGACUAUCCUUCAUCAUCAGCUCCAGUCUUUACUCUGAGCUCCAUAUGGCUUUCAAGAGUCCAGAUCACAGCUCUUUGCAAGAGACUGGAUGAACUUUGGGAAGAGAACAGGGGCAGUGUGGUUCUUUUUACCUGGAUCCAGUUUCUAAAAGAAGAAACCCUGCAGUUUUUGAACAUCCAGUCUCCACUCGAGAUCCAAACCAAUGGUGUCCAGCUUCAGUGUGAAUCUGCUGAGUGUCAAGCAGCUGCUGCUGCUGUCGAAGAACUGGACCAGCGAGCAGUUCAAGUAGCUGAUCCUCACAGUGAUAUAUUAACCCAGCUGCUGGAUUUUAAUGAAGCUCAGAAGAAGAAGGUGUUUGAGGCCACAGUUUUUAACUGUGGAAUUUGCUUUACUGAGAAUCUGGGCUCCAGCUUUGUGCUCUUCAAUGAGUGUCAGCAUGUGUACUGCAAGACCUGCGUUAGGGAUUACUUCGAGAUCCAGAUUAAAGACGGCAAAGUCCAGUUUCUCUCCUGUCCUGAGGCUGAAUGCACCUCCCUGGCUACUCCUGCACAGGUGAAACUUCUCGUGAGCCAAGAUGUUUUUGCCCGCUAUGAUCGGCUCCUUCUGCAGUGGAGUCUGAACCUAAUGACUGAUAUUGUUUAUUGCCCUCGCAAAAGCUGCGGCAUGGCUGUGAUGCUCGAGCCUGACCGGACCAUGGGCAUCUGCCCUUCAUGCAAAUUCGUUUUCUGCACCCUCUGCAACCGAGUAUACCACGCCCUCGCUCUCUGCAAAGAAAUACAAGAGGAGAAUGAACGACACGAAAAGCUUGCAAUAAUAAGGAAAGAGGAUGAAGUGUGGGUGAAGCAUAACUCGAAACAGUGUCCAACAUGUGCUGCUAACAUACAGAAGGAAAUGGGCUGCAAUAAGAUGACCUGCAGCUCCUGUCUGGAGUAUUUCUGCUGGAUCUGCUUUUCAGUUCUUAACAGAAAUGACCCCUACAGCCACUUCAGAGAUGAGAAAUCUCCAUGCUUCAACCAGUUAAUAGAUGUUGAAUUGGUUGACAAUGGAAACUGAAAAAGAAUGCACUUCUUCAUGUACUACGUCUUCUAUUCACUUGCAUCCACUUGUGAGGGGCUUUGUUCUGGAACCAAAGUGUAAACGAGUAGAACCUUCCAGUGCCGGUGCAUGGAGGAGUUCAAAACCUUUACACACUACCACAAUUGAUUUGUACUGAUUACAACAAAUCCUACACCGCAAAUUUAGGUGCUGAUUAUUUAGUAGGAACAAACGGUCAGUCAGCUACAGUACAACCUCCAGUGCUAGUCAAUAUUGUCUUUCAAGAGAAUUUGCCUACAAAAUCUCCUCAAAGUAUGUGCUCAGUUUGUAAAGAUGUCAUACACUAAGGCCCAAUCCAAUCAAAUAUGGAUAUUAGCAUGCAGGCUGUAUUCUCCUUUCUGAUUGGCCAACACUGCUUUAUUCUAACGCUGCAUUUGUAACAGUGACCAGCAAGUGAAGCGCUGUGCAGGGAAACCUCACUGCCCUGAACCCAAAAAGGAGCUGCAGCAACAGACACUAUCGGCCAUGGUCUUUAGCCUCCUUGUUAGAGCAACCAACUAGCAUGCGGAGAGUCGUAAGAGGGUUACAUUGGUGCCGUGGCCCGGAUAGGAGUGAAGUUUAGUGGGUAAUUGUAACGGAGGCCAGCUAGGGAAGCACUGUGCAGGUAAACCUUACUCCCCUGAAGCCGAAAAGGUACUCUAGUGACAGAUGAUAGAGGCCAUGGUCUUUAGCCUCCUUGUAAGAGCAACUCUCCCAUGCGGAGAGUCGUCGGUUCGAUUCAAGCUCGGAAUGGGUUGGGUAGUGUAGGACCAGCAGGGGUUACACAUUCACACUAGCAUCGACAAUGACCACUGAUUUCAAUGGGGUAAAGUCUAAAAGGGAUACAGCUGUGGAUACCUGCAUCAAUUUAGCGUAAUUUUUGAGACACUGUACAACAAUUCAUAUUUUUAUAUGUGAGAGUUGGGUUUAAGGUUGGGGUAGACCAGGUGUGACCGAGCCUGUUCCUGGAGAUCGACCUUCCUGCAGAUUUCAGUUACACCCAUGUAAAACACACCUGCCUGUAAUUAUCAAGUGCUCUUCAGGUCCUAAUUAAUUGGUUCAGGUGUGUUUGAUCAGGGUUGGAGCUGAACUUUGCAGGAAGGUCGAUCUCCAGAAACAGGGUUGAGCACCACUGGGGUAGACAAUAAUAAAAUACAAUUUAAUGGGUAAUUUAAUAAAUAAUAUGAAUAAUACUGGGUAUAAUUACUGUUUUUACAUUACAGUGAUGGUUGAGUUUAAGGUUGGGGUAAGGGUAAGUUAAUAAAAUACAAUUGAAUGGGUAAUUUAAUAAAAAAUAUAAACAAUACUGGGAAUAAUUACUGUUUUUACAUUAGAGGUGAUGGUUGGGUUUAGUGUUAGGGUGGGGGUAGACAUUUAUUAAAUGAUAUAAAUAAUUCUUGUUGAUUUCCGGCUGUUGCUGAAUCCCUUCUUGCAACAACUUUACACUGAACAGUGAGCGACUGACCGUUUGGAAAUCAUGUAUGUACGUGUCAAGCGAUGCAACAAAGUUGAGAAUCCUUCAACUUUAUAUAGGCAUUUUCAGCAGAUAAAUAGCUGCAAUGAUGACUCGGCAUGCCUUUGACAGUGCACCACUUCUUGAUGACAGAGUUAUCAACAAAGGCAUGGGGAAAACUACCUGUGUACAUCUGAACAUGCCUUAAAUAUCCUUACAUAAACACUCCAAUAUUCA